ACUGAACCCUUUAUAAACAUUUAAGGUGUCACGAACACAAUAUGGAUUGCUUGGUUUUGCUGGCCAUAGAAGACAAACACGUAAAAUAAUUUUACAUAGAGUUUUCUCGUACUGUUUAACUGUACCAUUAUUAGAGGUUGCUGUGGGGCUGUCACGUUUGACGCCUUAAAAUUGGCUUCUUAUAUGUUUUCUAUUAAGAUGAAAUGCACAAAGGAUACAUAAACUCUUACCUACACAAUUUAGCUUUUCUGACGAUUAAACUAAAAAUAUCAUAAGACGCAUGCUUUAAUUUAUAAUUGUAUCUACUUCUUAAGCGGUGUGAAACUGAAUGCAAAGGGUUGUGCAGGUGUUUGGGCAGUUUUCAGUUCUCCCAGUAGGUGACGCCCUCUGCUAACAUGGGAUGCGGCGCGCAACGGGGAGGCACCGCUGAGUUGAAUCUAACGAUCAUCAUUUCGUCAUCAUUUGUAAGCACAGAGCAUGAAUUACCUCUUGAAGUCAUCAGAGAGAAUUUACGACUGGUCAACAAAGGCACGUGACGCCUUAACGCGCUCCCAUAUUUGGCCGCAUACAUGGCAAAAACGAAGUACAGUGCAUUGCUAUAAUUCAUUUUCCAUCAUAAAUUGUGCUGCGCGGGAUUUUAACGACCGGGACCUGCUCAUCAAGACCUUUUUAGAAAUCUCCAAAUGAGCUCUUAUUUUCUAAACUCCUUUUCAGGGCGCUAUCCAAAUGGGUCCGACUAUCAGUUACUAAAUUAUGGGACUAACGGCGCUAUGAACGGCUCUUACAGGGACUCCACGGGCAUGCACCCCGGCUCUUUCGGGUACACCUACAAUGGAAUAGACCUCAGCGUAAACCGCUCCAACAACAGCGACCAUUUCGGUAGCGUUGGGGAGAGCGGCCGCGCUUUCCAGAGCCCCGGCGGGGACGCACGGUAUAGGCAGACGAGCUGCUCGCUGGCAUCUCCGGAGCAGUUACCCUGCGCUAACAGCGAGAGCUUGAGUCUCAAAGGCUCCUCUCCUGUGUCUGAGCAGAGCACAACCGGGGGCAACAGCAGGCUCACCGGCAGCAGCGGCGGCAGUCUCGCGAGUACCAACAGCACACACUUCGUGGAAACGGACGUCGAGACGAACGUGGUCUCGGAGCCAGAAGAAGGCACGCAGACGACCAACCCCAACCCCCGCGCGCAGAAACAAGAAACGGUGGCCACAUCGACCACGGCGCCCGGAGACGGGCAAACGCCGCAGAUAUUCCCCUGGAUGAGGAAACUUCACAUUAGUCACGAUAUGACUGGACCUGAUGGGAAACGAGCUCGAACUGCCUACACUCGCUACCAGACGCUAGAGCUGGAGAAAGAGUUUCAUUUCAAUAGGUAUCUGACCCGGAGGAGGAGGAUAGAGAUAGCCCACGCACUAUGCCUCACCGAAAGGCAGAUUAAAAUUUGGUUCCAGAAUCGGAGAAUGAAGUGGAAAAAGGACAAUAAACUGAAAAGCAUGAGUUUGGCCACGGCAGGAAGUGCUUUCCAAAACUGACCACAGUUGAAAUUAUCCGACUACUGUUGUAGCAUUGCACCUUUUUUCCUGCUUGGCAUUAUCAGGCAUCCGAUUUCUCUGUGUAUCUGGUGUAAACUCGAAAGUUGUCAGCCGUUGAAUAUUGCUAUCCCAUAGGCUAUAGGCUAUUGGUAGCCUGGUUACAGCUUCCAUAAAAUAUGUAAAUGCAACUUAACAAGUUUAUACUUUCGUGGAUGAAAGCAUGUUCCAUGUAAGCUUUCUGUGUGCAGCUCCACACGUGUAACAGGAAUAUUGUACAUUAACAACGCGCACUACCUAUGUCAGAAGCUAUAGCCAGAAAAAAAUACAAACAACUUUGUUGUACUCUUAUGACCUUGUAUAGAAUUGUCAAUGUAGACCGUUUUCCAUUUUGCAGGACAUUUAUGCUUGUGCCGCGUUUAUUCAGUUCUUGCUUAGAAUAGAAUAGUCAGGUUGCGAAAAAAAUUCUCUAUAUUCGCACUUAGUCUACAAUUGAGUAUUUUAUGUUGCAUUUAACCAUUUUGGGGCUCGUAAAAAAUGUUCCAUAAUUGAUGAAACUCUGUUUGAUGUCCGAUCGUGACCAAUAUUUUAUUUGUACAAUGUGAGUGGUGAACGUUGCGUAUUAAAAGCUGAGUUUAAGUAUUUGCUGUCAGUUUAUUCCUUCUGUGUCUUAAAACAAUGAUUUGUUUUUAUAAUUUGGAAAAGAAAUAAUAAUAAAGUUUCUUUCACUCUUA